AAUAUAUUUUGAAUAUCGUCGCUGAAUUGUUUCACACGAACCAUUGGUUUGGUCAUUUACACAUCUGAGGUUGGUCGUAGGUCUCAAACACUGUGAGUCUUUGUACAGUUUUAUAACAUUUGGUGCUCUAAGUUGCCUCCCCUACCCGCUCCUACAUGCUAAGCGCGGAGUGAGAUCUCGUGUUUCUCAGUAUUUCUCCGAGUGUCGUGGCUCCCCUGGUCUUUCCGCAUUGCACUAAAUCGGGCAUUGUUUGCACUUGCAGUGCAGAGCGAUAUGAAUGCGAUUUAGACGACAAUGUGCGAUAUAGCAGAUCUCAAAGUGUGAGCAAAAAACACAACUCGAAGCAUGCACCUGCUGCCAGUGUUGUUGUUCUCAAUCACGUCCGCGCGUCGCUCAUAAACCCUGAUCAUCUUCAUAGCGAAGUCUGCGCGGAAUCAGAGAGCAUCUCGCAUUGCAUCACAUCUCGCUAAACCAUGUCUACCCAGGCUGAGGAGCCUGCUCCAGAAGCUGCACCCGAAGCACAAGCAAAACCGGCGGCCAAAAAGAAUAAACCCGCCAGUAAAGCGAAACCUGCAUCUACAGAGAAACCGAAGAAAAAGAAGAAGGGCAAAGGACCCGGAAAGUACAGCCAGCUGGUGAUCGAUGCUAUCAAAACCCUGGGUGAGAGAAACGGCUCGUCUCUUUUUAAGAUCUACAACGAGGCGAAGAAGGUGAGCUGGUUCGAUCAGCAGCACGGGCGCGUUUACCUGCGUUACUCCAUCCGGGCGCUGCUGCAGAAUGACACCCUGGUGCAGGUGAAGGGGCUCGGCGCUAACGGCUCCUUCAAACUCAACAAGAAGAAAUUCACCUCCAGCACCAAGAAGAGCGCUGAAACCAAGAAGAGCACUGAAACCAAGAAGAGCACUGAAACCAAGAAGAGCGCUGAGAAGAAGUCUGCUAAAAAGCCAGCCAAGAAAGCCGCUGAAAAGAAAAAGAGCGUCAGCGGGGUGAAGAAGACCGUCAGCGGGGUGAAGAAGGUGACUCCAGCUGCCAAGAAAACCAGCAAGCCGAAAAAAGCGGCUAAAACCUCAGCGGCUCCUACCAAGAAGCCGAGCAAGCCCAAGAAAGCCAAACAGACCAAAAAGACUGCUAAGAAGCCUUGAGAUAUUUGUGGUCUUCAUGCUUUAAACCAACAGUAUUUUACUUACUUACUAUAAGCAUCCCGAUGCCUGUAAAUAAGCCUUAUGCAUAAAUAGCAUUAAGAAGGAUCUGCAUAGCAUUGAAGUUAUUUUUCACUGUUUUACUGGUGUUACGAAAUGUAUAUAUAAAAAAUGCACGUGUUAUCAUUUCUCUUGUACCACUAGUAAGAUGAAUUGCUUAUUUUUUAAAAAUAAUAAAAUGUUAAAAAGAAAAAAA